AUGGAUGUCUUUACUAUCAACAGCAGUCUGCUUAAACGGCAACAAGAAGCUUAUCACGCUAUAAUAUCUAGAGUCGAGCUCUACUCCCCUCGUUUAACACACCACCUUCAUCAUCGCUCAAAAUCAUCACCACCCACAAAACGCCUCUCAGCCCCACGACUACGACGACUAUCUGCAAGCUUGAACAAACCCCGUGGACCGGUAAUUGCCUGUCUCCCACCCCCCAAUAGCUUCUCAGCUUUGGUCUUUCUUCUUAGCUUUAUCAGCGUCAUCGCAACUAGCUUUCUCCCGGGGAACCCCAAUCGACCCGCACCUAUUCUAGAGUCUUACUUACUCAGGGAGCUUCAAGAAUAA